GCAGCAGUGAUCCUGGAGUGAGCAGAGCAAAGGCACCUCAGUCACUCUUGCUUUCUUAGCACGUGUCCUGAGGGGCGGGCCGAGGCGGGGCCCAGAGCUUGGGGUCGCCGGUGGAGCUGUACGGGCGGGCAGGCAGGGAUGAUGGCAGCAGCCUCUGGGGACGCGCGCCGGGUGCUGGUGUACGGAGGCAGAGGGGCGCUGGGCACCAAAUGUGUGCAGGCUUUCCGAGCCAAGGACUGGUGGGUUGCUAGCAUUGAUGUGGUAGAAAAUGAAGAAGCCAACGCCAGUGUGAUUGUCAAAAUGACUGAUUCCUUUACGGAGCAAGCUGACCAGGUGACUGUUGAUGUUGGGAAGCUUUUGGGUGAUAAGAAAGUGGAUGCAAUUCUUUGUGUGGCUGGAGGAUGGGCAGGAGGCAGUGCCAAAGCUAAAUCUCUCUUUAAAAACUGUGACUUGAUGUGGAAACAGAGCAUGUGGACCUCGACCAUCUCCAGUCACCUUGCGACCAGACACCUCAAAGAAGGGGGCCUCCUGACUCUGGCCGGGGCCAAAGCUGCUUUGGAUGGAACUCCAGGAAUGAUCGGCUAUGGCAUGGCCAAGGGAGCCGUCCAUCAGCUGUGCCAGAGCCUGGCUGGGGAAAACAGUGGAAUGCCACCCGGUUCUGCCGCCAUUGCCGUGCUUCCGGUGACCCUGGAUACGCCCAUGAACAGGAAGUCAAUGCCCGACGCAGACUUCAGCGCCUGGACCCCGUUAGAAUUUCUUGUUGAAACCUUUCACAACUGGAUCACAGGAAAAAACAGGCCAAGCUCAGGAAGCCUAAUCCAGGUGGUCACUACGGGAGGAAAGACGGAGCUAACACCGGCUUACUUUUAAUAAGCUGUCUCCGAGCUCACCAGGGGAAAGGGAACUAACACACCAUCCCCCCGCGUAGUUUUCUGACAGCUCCAUGUUGUCCAGCAAGUCCGUGAUCGGUAUUUCAUUCAUUUAAUGUGUUUCUGUCUCCUUUCCAAAAGUAUCAAAUGUUCAUUAGAAAAGAAGGACUACAAGGGUGAAGACCCCCUCCGAGUGAUCGUGACCCAGAAGCUGUGCUCAGAGCUGUCCUCCAGGGACGUUGUUUUGCGCCUCCUUCUGCCCCGGGCAUGGUGUGGGAUUUGUUGGUAGCUCCCCUUGUCUCCUCUUGGCAGUCAUCUCUCUUCUUCACUUCUUCAGUGACGUGUGUACGUUGGUGUGUUCCAGUCUGGUUUUUUGUUUUGGCCAAGACAUUAUUUGAUCCAGUAUUUGUGAAAUGGCAUUAAUCAUUUCUGCCCUGACUUAAAUUGCCUUAAAUAUCCAUUAGCAGUAGUAGGUGAGGGAUGGCUCUUGCCCAUUUGUUGUUAUAAAUGUUUCAUGUGACUCCUGGGAUCCCCUGUGAAUGAGGGAGGGAUGGAGGGAUAGAUGGAUGGAUGGAUGGAUGGACGGACGGACAGACAGAUAUAUGUCCUAGCGAUGGGAAGCAUUGGUGAUUAUCAUCCCAUGGUGAAUUUGAGCCUUAAUACAUGAUGCUUAGUUUACAAUGUUGAAUACGUUAAUCAAAAUGGAACACAUGAUUCACUGUCCAAACAGCACUGUCUGUAGAAUGACACAAGUGGAUUUUGGGUAUCUCCUCCACACUGCAAACUAUUUCUGUGAUAGCUUUGUAUGGAGCUAGUUUUUUUUCUAAUUGACUAGUCAGAUGUAUUUGUUUCUCAUUCUCCUUUACUUCUGGAUGUUAUAUAAUUAAUUUAAAAUAAAGAGACUAUUCCCACCCUA